AUGUCUGAGUCUGAGGCCCCGCCCAAUAAACGCCAGCGCACUGACGACGCGUCCGUGAUACGUUCUGACAUCUGGCACGCUGACGGUAGCGUUGUCCUCCAAGCGCGGCUCACGCAGUUCCGCGUCCACACCAGCGUUCUGUCGAUGCACUCCCCGAUUUUCAAGGACAUGUUCGAAAUCUCGCGCCCCGACAGUGAUGGGCCGAUGGUUGAUGGCUGUCCUGUUGUUGAGCUUGCUGACAACCCCAAAGACGUCGAAAAUAUAUUGCGGGCCUUCUACAAUCCAACUCUCCUGCUUCAACCACAACUUGAAUUCUCGCUGGUGGCGGCGCUCAUAAGACUGGGCCGCAAAUAUGUGAUGGAAGAAAUGUGGAAGGUCGGAGUGGAUAUACUCACAUCGGAAUUUCCCAAUACCCUAGCCGGUUUUGAUGUUAUCAUCAAGGCCCAGCCCCAGUCAAAGCGCAUAAAAUGGACGCGUGCGUCACGGCGCGAUUGUCUGCGGCUUGCCAAAGAAACCGACAUUCAAACUGUGUUACCUUGUCUAUAUUAUCUCAAUUUCUUGGCUUACAAGGAUUACUCCAAGAACGGAACAGCAAGACUCGACGAAACGUCUGCCUUAUCCUGCUUGACUGAGUUGCAAACCUUUAUCGUUGCGACGGAGCGGGCCCUGAGGAUGCAAUUCCAACCGGGCUAUACAUUGUCUGGGCUGCAUCAGAUGCCUGCAGGUUGCACGAACAUAGCCAUUUGCGCGCAAGAACGUCUUAGUAUACUGCCUGCGUUGGCACCCGGUGUGUGUUUACUUGCCAGUGCACCCUCGAUGUCGGGACUGGGGUCCUCGCCGUUUUGCGUUCCCUGUCAGGAGGACUUGAUUCGUCAGUGGGCGGUAGGGCGAGAGAAAGCUUGGGAGGACCUUCCAAGCAUCUUUGAUACCAAGUAUGAUGUAAACCAAAUCCACUUCAAUGACUGGACUGCUGAAUGCUUCAUAGGCUGGCUACUUGCCGCAAUUCAGACUUGCACUCACGCCCCGCCCGCAAAGCGCGCCCGCACCGACGACGCUAGCUCGCCUACGACAACAACACGCUCCAACAUCUGUUUCGUGUCCAUUAGGAGUAUUCCUCAACCCGACACUCCCCAGCCACUCGUCGAAGGCUGUCCUGUUGUUGAACUCCAUGACGACCCGCAAGAUGUUGAAACGAUUCUUCGUGUGAUCUACAACCCCGCUUUCUUUUUGCGGCGGGGUGUGUUGGGACACGUCGACCAGUGCUUGUUCAAAUUCGCUCAUAUGGCCUCGCUGGACCCUGGUUCCCUCCUGCAGGCUGAAAUUCCGACGACGCUGGAUGGAUCUGACGACCUCGGCCGCGCCCCGUAUGAACCGACAUUGAUGGAAGAUUAUCCUGGUCUGUACCUCGAUAUUCUCACUUUGUUGCAGGAACACCAUAUCUUGUGGCUUCUCCCCGCCGCAUACUAUCUCCGUCAUUGA